CACAUAGAUGCGUAAAUCGAUGUACAUAUAUAUAUAUUUAAAGUUCAGUUGGCGUCGAUUUGUAAUCUUAUAAAUGAGACUAAAAUCAUAUCGGAAAUUCAGUUAGCCGAAAACCACUAGAAUUUGAUAUCUAGCGGAGAUGGCAAACAAGUCUAGAACAGCAUUCAAAGUGCCGAGCAGACAUGGCUUUAGUGGCUAUAGGCUUUAUAGGAGAUCUGGUCAUCGUAGAUUGCAAAUGGUAACAAUCAGGAGAUAUGCAAUUGUCAAAGGCGAUGAGACUCUGCGAACUCGCUCGUCAACAUUGAGCGAAGAGCUUAAUAAAAAGUAUUUGAAGCUGGUCGCUGAUUGGAAAAGGAGUCUGAUCGAGGAACCACAUUUGAAUAGGACACCAGAAUCAUUUGGCAUAUGUCUGCCAGAGCCAAGAGAACCCUACUACUCAGACGACGAAUCCCCUCCGAGCACUCCAGACCUGCAUGAGCUUUAUUUAAACUCUGCCGAUCCACACAAAUUCUUUCCAAGUGUUCCAGUGAUCGUUUGGUCAAGUCUGUACUCUAGUGCCGCCCAAGAGCAUGCCAAGGCCGGGCUGCUGGAGCCGCUGCAGCAGGAGAUGGUGGAGGUCGCUAAAGCCGUUGACGCGAUGGGGGACAUAACGAACGUAGAGCUCAACGAUUGCGCUCACCAACAGCGAGUAGAAUCGAGUAUAUCUGUAGCUCAGUACUUGUGCAAUGUAGAGGAUCGAGAGCUUGAUGGUCCAGAGGUGUACGCGAUUUCAUCCCGCAACUACUGGUUUAGCACCUUGCAAGUGAAAGUUGGCAAGCUUUUCAUGCAUGUGGAUCGGUAUGUGUUUUUCCACUACUUGAAAGGCUUUGAGGAUUACAAGAGUUGGUCCCUGGAAUUUCCCACUAACAAGGUCUCCAUGAUUCUGUUGGCCCACAUGUACAAUUGGAUGGUCAGCAAAAGCCCAACGUUGAUACUCGGCCACGACUUUGUUGAGAUGUACCACAUGGCCAAGUAUCUGAAUGUGCGCUACAUGUUGGAGCUGUACUGGAACUCACUUUCGAUUCAUAAUGGUGGCGAGGGUGGCGUCUGGGAACAGGAAGCAUUCAGAGCAUACCAGAUAUGUCAUCGUCUGGGCUGCAGCGAUUUGAUGGCCAUAUUUAUGAAUCGAAUACAAAAGUUGUUCUUGCCGCUGGUCGCGUCAGAGGAGUUCCUCGCUAUGGAAGCGGGCGAGGUAGCAUAUUUGCUCAAAAUGGACUCGCUAUGCGUGAACAGUGAGGACGAAGUGUUCUUUGCAGCCGUGUACUGGCUAAGGCACAACUGGGAGGAGCGACAACAAUAUAUGGAGCAGGUCAUGGCCAGUGUGCGUUAUUGCAUGUUAUCGCCUUGGCUGCACAGCUCCAUUCUCCACAAGCCGGAGAAUGAGAUAAUCCGAAAGGUGGGCGAAAGCCACAUGAUUCGAGCCCUGUUAUGGAGAGGCCUUUGUGCUAGUCAUGCAAUGCUCGCCAAGACGAAAGAUCCGGAGCUUGCCGAUGACCCCUUGAUGAUGCGUAUCAUGCUGAUAAAAGACUUCGAUCGGAAAUGGGGCUUCUGUCCAGGCAUUCCCCACCAUCACUCCCCCGAUUGCUGUCGAUUCUCAAAACUCAGCUAUAAGAUGUUCCUAAAGUUCCUUAAUUUGCUGCACGACGAUGCUAAGAAGUACAUGGCAGAAACCCAGUUCGUACCGUAUAAGUAUUUUGUGCCACUCAAUUGCUGCUCUAAAAAGGAUUUUGUCAAGAAAGUAACACUUACAAAACAAUUUCGGAAGAGGCUAGCUAAACAGUUCCCGUUCGAAUUCCGCUAUAAUGUGAAAUAAAUGCUUAAUUGUUUGUUACCUUCCUAAAUAUCUUUCAACAAACUGGGUGUGCUGUGAACGCUUUGCACUUGUCGGAGCUUGUUAAUAAAAGGAGAAAGGCGAUUCGAAUUUUCAAG